AUCACUUUUUUUCAAUGCCACUUAUUUCAAUGAUUUAUUUAUCAAAUGAUUUUGAAUAGUUUCCUUUAAUAUACUCCCAAAUUCAUUCUCUCAUCAUUUAUUCUUAUCCGGAGAAUUGGAAUUCGGUGGAAUGGACUUUUUACUAUUCAUUGCACAAAUAAGCACUUUGAUGUUUGAUUACACUUGCCUAAUUCGUUUAAUUUAUGAGUUAUAUGCAUUUUAGUGACAAUUAAUUGGUCACACAUUUUAUGACAGCGUUCCCGCAUUUCUCUUUCUUUAUUUUUCUGUCUAUUUCUAUCGUGUCAUCCAAUUGAAAUAAUUUUUUCAGUUGGUUAACAUUUAUUUUCUUGAAAAACGUUUGCUGUUUUAUUUCCCAUUGGUUGUGUUAUUGCAGAUAAGUGGCUUUUAUAAAAUUAGUCAUUACAAUUAUGACACACUUAUGACUUCCUUUAGUUUAUAAAUAUUGUGGAAUUUUACUUUUUCUCUUUUGAGUGAAUUAUUUUUUUAUCAUAUCUUUAGAAACCAACCAUUUGAUUGAACAUAUUUCAUAUUUUGUUGGUUAUUGGUCUUUUCUCCUUCUUUUUAUGAAUUUCAUAUCUUUCCCUUUCUUUAUUUUUGUAAUCUUUGUAAAGUUGUGGCAAAAUUCUCUAGCGACAGAUUUCACCUUUCUGUAAAAAAUAAAACAUAUUUCUCCCACACCUAUUUUAGUUAAUUGUUCCGCAUAUUUUAUGACAAUUCUGCUCUCGUUUCUCGCAAUUUUCCGAGAGAUCUCUCAUUUGAGUUUUCCGCUCUUUCUAGCUUUUCGCUUUUACUUUCGCUGUGCAAAAACGAUGAACAGCAUUUUCAAAUACGUCAAAAAUGUUUUUGAUGCUGAUUCGAAAUUCGAAAUGCGCUCGCCUUCGUGUGAAAUUUAUGGCAAUGGGAGUGUGUGUGUGUGUGUGUGUGUGUGUGUGUGUCUGUUGAAAAUUCUGAGGGGCAUAUUUCGAAAUUGGCAGACACGUUGAGAUAAUUGAAAGAAGAGGAAAAUGGUGAUCUGGGCACAACACAGAUACACUUGCAGAACAUAAGACACUGAUGGCAGAUACACACACACACACAUGCGGCUACUGCUGCCAAGUUAGCCUCUCUCUCACACAGAUGGACUUCGAAUUUUCCCGUGAAAAUCGACGUGUGUGUUUGUGAGUUGUGAGUUCAGGAAUCGGAAUUGAAAAUUUUCUGCGCUGCCUUUCACAUUUCAGUAGUUUCCGUUAAUGCGUUCGCCACGUCGAGUUAGCUCCUUCCAAUUUCUCCCUUCGCGUUGACGGUAAAAAUCAUAACAAAAACUGUUACUCAAAAAAAGAAUUAAGAAAAGGGGAUAUUCAAAAAAACCAUCGCACAUUGUUUAAAGUGGCUAAUAAAAAAAAAAAUACAAUUAAAAAAAGAAACAAAAAAAACCUGUCAGAAAUUUAUGCGUGGAAAAUCGCUGCGGAAAAUCGCAGACAACGACUCCGUAAUUACGAUCAAAAUAUGAGAGCCUAAACGAGCCGAAGGAAACAAUUAAGCUAAAAACAGCGGAAAAGAGCCGGAAAAUAAGCAAACAAAAGUCGAAACCAAAAGGUUUCUCAUCGAGUGUUGUGCAUUGUUUGUUUUUUUUUUUUUUUUUUUUCGUUUUGAUUUGGUUUGGUUUGAGUGACUGCGGCAAGAUGCCUCUGUACUCGGACUCGACCAAUUACUACUACAGUGGCGGCAGCAGUCAGCUGUAUUCGCCGUACUACAGCUCCGGCUUGGGCCUGAAUUUGGGCAUCGGCUCCUCGCCGGGAUCGAGCUACACCUCCAGCUACAAUCGCUCCUAUCCGGCGAGCUAUAUGGUGCCCCUCAGUCCCUCCUCGCCGCGAUCAACGAGCAGCUACUCCAGCGGCAGUUCGGGAGGAAGUAGCUCCCUCCACGGAUUGGGUUCCAGAUAUCAGCCGAAGCUAACCACGAUCACGGAGACGGGAAGGCACAGCAAUCACAGCAGCUUGAUGCCCCUGACCAGGAUUAAUUCCCCGAAAUACAGCACUUCUGUCACCACACCAACUUAUGGUUCUUCGGGUGCGAGCAGUCGAUAUAUUCCGGCGAGACCCAUUGCCAUUAAUACGGCGGAUAUCGAUGUGAGUUCUUCGCGAUAUCGCAGGAACGUGGCUUCCAGGGAGGAUCCUUCAAAGGAUGAGCCACCCAAAGAGGAAGUCAAGCAGCAGGAAGAAAAAGUUAAGCCUGCUGUUAAGGAAACACCUAAUGAAAGCCAAGAUCAAAGCACUGAAACACGACCCAAUCGAAGGUCCACCAUCAAGAGGAAUCGUCCUGUGGUGCGACUCUCCACGAUUAGAAGACGCAGCAAGGAUCGCAGUGCCGAGAGUCCCAAGAAGGAGCCGGUGCAGGAACAUCAAUUCCGGGACUUGCCACCUGCCACGGAACCCAGUUUGAGUUGGCGCCAAAAGCUGGCCGAGGAACUGGCCGCCUUUCCCGUGACCAGCAACAAAAAAUCGCCGGGUGAAUUGCUCCGUGAGAGAUUCUACAUAAAGGAUGGAAAGGAGGAACCACCCAGCUUCAAUCAAGCCAGAAUCCAGGAGUUAAGUCAACCACAAAGUGCUCAAAAAACACAAGCUAAGGAGAUCGAGUUGAAUCUUAAAAGUGAGAACGAAGAGGAGCAGGAUGACUCUGAUAAACAGGAGCAGGAGUUGGAGGAAAUGCAGCAGACCAUUCGUCGCCUGAGUCUCGUGCAAUGUCCCACAUUUCAUGACAUUUGCGAGGAUAUAUCCUCCGAUAAGAUCGAUGAUGAUCUGAAUGCAGGGGAACUUCGACGUCGUGCUUCGAUAAUCCAAGAGCAAGAACAGGAGAUUUUGAAUAAGCUGCAGAAAUCCAAUUCUGGAACCUUUCAGCUGAUCCAUUUGGAACGCAGAUCCAGUCACGAUAGCACCACCACAAAUGACGAGGAUCUCAAGGAGAGAUCGAAGAGGCGUUCGAAGAAGAGCAAGAAGAUGCGGCACAAAAUCACCGCCAUUGUGGAUGUGGAGAAUGCUCCACCUCAAGUUGCUCCAGUUGAUCACAUGCCCAGUGUCCUGGAACUCAACGAGGAAUCCCUGUUGGUGCAGCCUCUGGUUUCCCUUUCCGGUUCCGGUUCGAGUUCCACCCCGAGUCCCAGUCCCAAGCCAAAGUUCACCGCGAAUGUGGAAACCGUGGAGGAACAUCUCCAGAUAAACAAGGUAUUCAAGUUGCCCAAGAAAAAGACAGUGGGAAAGGAGGAAAAGGUAGCUACGCUGCCCGAAGGAUUCAUGCCGGCAGCUCCCAAAUCAAACAAAACUUCACCUGUGAAGAAAGCGAAUAAAAAGCAACAGGUUGGUGAGGCACAGGUUUUCACCUUCGAUGAGACAGCCAUUCAGCAGCAGAAUAAUCUGGCUAUUCAGCAACAGCAGCAAGUGCUUCCAAAACCUAAGGAACAGCAGCAACAAGUGCUACAAAAAGCGAAGGAACAACAGCAACAACCACAAACUCCUCAGCAAAAAGAACAACAAGAACACAGGCCGGAGGUUAAGGUCGAAGGCGUUGCCACGCCCAAGCCCAUUCGCAAAGCCAUCCAAAAAUCAGAGAGCGGUGAGGACUUUUGGUCGCAAAUUGGCUCCAGGGAAACCCUUUAUAUGACCAAUCGCAAAAAGGUCUUCAACGAGCGACAAGAACAGCUCAUCGAAGAGGAAUCUCCAAAGUCCCCAACAACGCCCUUGGAAACAAAAACGGAAUUGAAAAACAAGGUUACAGAACCCAAGACACCAACAACACCCAAAUUAAAGUCGGAAUUACUUAUUGAGUUGAAGACAACACCAUCAACCACUGCAACAGCUGGUGGCAAAACUGGAAAUCAAAAGGGAUUACCAACACCACUUACUCCAACGAUUGUAAAACCCAAUGAAGUUGAAGUAAAGAAAACAGAAUCCACUAGCUCCGAAGCAAAAACCAAGCCAACAACUCCAACUGAUUCCCCAAUUGAACUUCUUAAAUCCAAGACAUCACCAGCCGUCGCCAGAAAAGAAUUACCAAAACUUAUAACAACAGAGGAAGCGAAGCCACCAAUGACAACCAAAACAACGGUCGCAACACCCACAAAAGAUUCACCAAAAAUACCACAAACUAAAGUGGAAACACCAACCAAAAAAGCAGAAACACCAGCAUUAACUAAGGAUUUGCCUUCGACGCCACAAAUCAAAGUGGAAAAAGCAACAAAAGUUUCACCAACAACUAAAGUGGCCACUCCAACAACACCACAAAUUAAAGUUGAAACACCAACAGAGGGUUUACCAACCAAGAAGGUGAUCACUCCAACAACACCACAAGCCAAGGCAGCUGCAUCAACAACACCGCAAUCAAAGGUUGACACACCAGCAACACCGCAAAUCAAAGCAGCAGCAACACAACCAAAAACUGACACUCCAGCAACACCAACAAAAACACCACAAGCCAAAGAAGCAACCGUAGCAACACCAAAGACAACAACAGCAAAGAUCAAUGUGACAACAACGACAGCGACAACUGUUGCUGAGGCAGGAAAAACAAUAUUCGCCAGCGGGGCUAAGCAAUCUGGCAACGCCGUAGCCAUGACAACAGCAACACCAACAGCAGCAACAGCAGCAACAGCAGCAACAGCAACAACAGCAACAACAGCAACAACUACACCAACAGCAGCAACAGGCAAAUCAAAAUUGAACGAAACAGCAGGGCCAAAAAUAAAUAGCGGGCAGCCGGCCAAGUCACCUGAACAACAACAGGCAACGGCAGCCGCAGUCGAAACGAAAAUAAAUAAAACAACGCACAAGGAACAACAGCAACAGCAGCAGCAGCAGCAACAACAACAACAACAACAACAACAACAGCAACAGCAGCAGCGGGAGCAACAGCAACCGAUCGACACGGCAGCAACAUUGGUGCCACAAACGGAAACCAAAACGAAAUUGACGGAAGCCGCUGAGCCAACGGCCAAGUCAAAGGUGCAAUCACCGAAAACGACAAAGCCAAAAAGUGCCGGCAAAACAAAUGUUGGCAAAAAGAAGGCAGCAACAGCAACGGCAACGGCAACAGCAACGCCGGCAGCAGCAGCAACACUACCAGCAGCAGCAACAGAAAGCUUAACAGCUCUGUCUGAGAGCAAUGUGACCCCAAUCAAUGCCGAUCAAUUUAUAACGCUGGCCCCCACAAAGGCGGCCAAAACAUCGCCGAGCAAGCAACAAGCAUUACAAUCCCAAUCGCAAUUGCAAUUGCAAUCGCAAGUGCAACAACAGCAGCAGCAACAAGCCACAAAUGCGUCAUCGCCGGCGGCAACAGGCGAUGCAACCACAACGCCCACAACGAUAACAAUUGGUGUUGCUGCUGGCGUUGCUGUUGCUGCUGUUGAUGUUGCUGCUGCUGCUACUGAUGUUGCUGUUGCUGCUGUUUCUGCUGCUGCUACUGCUGCUGCUGCUACCUCGGUCGGCGGCAACAACAGCUGCGGCGAAGGCGUCGGCAAUAAUUUAUCAAAGUUUGCAACAGUAUCGAAUUUGGCACAGUAUCUGCGAGACGUUGAUGCCGAUCUAGAGGACUAUAUACCCUCGUCGGCGGAAAAUAGCCAAGACGAAGACGACGACGACGACGAAGGCGAAGGCGAGAGCAGUUCCGACGAUUAUUCCAGUGGUGACGGUUGUGCCAACUUGAGUGCCAGCAUGAAGAAAAAGCAGCGCAAGGAGAAGAAGAAGCAGAAGGCGAAAGCCGCCGCCGCGGAGGCGCCACGCUUCGAUCCGCACAAGAAGAUCAAGAUCGAUACGACGAACAAGUGUUAUGUGAAGGAGGAGGCGCCGCGCUACCCACUGGUCGCCACCCCGCGUCCGCUGUGGAAGCGGGAGAAGAUCGUCUACUCGGACGAGAACACGGACGAUGAGUCGGGCAGCGAGGAGGGGAGCGGGGGAUCGCUGGACGAGGACAGUGACGACGAGUCCGGCGGGGAGGAGUGCAGCACCUCCAGCAGCAGCGGAAGCUCCGAGGACCUCGAGGUGUCCGCCAAUCGGAAGGAGAACUCUUCGUCCGCCAUCACCGUGGUGGACUCGCCCAGUUCCGCCGGCUCGAAUGCCGGCACACUGAGCGCAACCGGGGGCGCCUCCGCUGGGAGCUCGCCCUCGAUCAUCCGGAUGAGCACCUGCAGCAACGAUUCCGGAUUCGAAGGCGGCACCGCGCCCUCCAGUCCCAAGAAGAUGCUAGAAACAUCAUAUACAUAUUCACAAUUCCAAAAAUCCGGACGUUUCACUGCGCCAGCAACAGUAAUACCUAGAUUUAAGAAUUAUUCGGUAGAUGAUUUCCACUUUUUGGCCGUUCUCGGCAAGGGAAGUUUCGGCAAGGUUCUGCUGGCUGAGCUGCGCGAUACGACGUACUACUAUGCCAUCAAGUGCCUGAAAAAGGAUGUCGUCCUGGAGGACGACGAUGUGGACUCGACGCUUAUUGAACGCAAGGUCCUGGCUUUGGGCACCAAACAUCCCUAUUUGUGUCAUCUGUUUUGCACUUUCCAAACGGAGAGCCACCUGUUCUUCGUGAUGGAGUAUCUGAAUGGCGGUGAUCUCAUGUUCCACAUCCAGGAGAGCGGACGAUUCUCCGAGGAGCGGGCCAGAUUCUAUGGCGCCGAAAUCAUCUCGGGCCUCAAGUUCCUCCACAAAAAGGGCAUUAUCUAUAGGGAUCUCAAACUGGAUAAUGUCCUGCUGGACUACGAGGGACAUGUUCGAAUCGCCGACUUCGGCAUGUGCAAAUUGCAAAUCUAUUUGGACAAGACGGCCGAUAGCUUUUGCGGCACACCCGAUUAUAUGGCGCCCGAAAUCAUUAAGGGUGAAAAGUACAAUCAGAAUGUGGAUUGGUGGUCGUUUGGUGUGCUGCUCUACGAAAUGCUGAUCGGACAGUCGCCAUUCAGUGGCUGCGAUGAGGACGAGCUCUUCUGGUCCAUUUGCAACGAAAUUCCAUGGUUUCCAGUCUAUAUAUCUGCCGAGGCAACCGGAAUACUUAAGGGGUUGCUGGAGAAGGACUAUACGAAGCGCAUUGGAUCGCAGUACAGUCCAGCUGGUGAUAUAGCUGAUCAUAUAUUCUUCCGCCCGAUCGACUGGGGAUUGCUGGAAAAGCGGCAAAUUGAGCCGCCCUUCAAGCCGCAAGUGAAACACCCACUGGAUACUCAAUAUUUCGAUCGGGUCUUCACCAGGGAAAGGGUGCGCCUCACUCCCAUCGACAAGGAGAUCUUGGCCUCCAUGGAUCAGAAGCAGUUCCACGGCUUCACCUACACGAAUCCCCACAUCACCCUGGACUAAAACUUAAUCGAUAUCCUAACUAAUUAUUUAGAGCAACAGUAUUUGUAUAUGUAAAUAUUUAUUAUGGCAAAAACACAGCAGAUUAACGACCAAAGAACCUUAAUAUCGAAUUGGAAUUUCAAAAAUAUUUAGUUAAGCUUGAAACCUUUACAAAAAAAAAUUCUACGUAAUUCUAGUCAGUUAGCAAUACUUUUACUAUAUGUCUAAGUCUAAUUGUACAGAUAUCCCUCCUCAUAUUUACCUAUAUAUAUACCUACACAUAUGAACUUUUUUUUGGCAAAUUAUUUGUUCUUAAUUUUAGUGGUUAAGCAAAGGUCUACGUCUAUGAGAAAUAAAAAAAGUAUAAACAA